GAUCCAGCUAAUUCCAGCUUCAGGAAAUGUACAAGUAAAGGACUAGUUGUGUUUGUGGUCAUGGCUUUGAUCAUCAUUGCUUUAGCAGCAGCUUUGGGAGUGGAAAAAUCUAAGCAGCCUCAUCCUUGCCCCGCUGCUGCCUGCUGGUGCCCAGACGGCUGGUUCAGGAACCAAGGGAAAUACUACUAUUUUUCUAAGGCUGAAGGGAAUUGGACCUACAGCCAGAGCUUCUGCUCUUCGCACGCUGCCUCCCUGGCUGUGAUUGAGAGUCUGCAGGAGCUGGGUUCCCUGCUGCCCUACAAAGGCAAACUGGACCACUGGAUCGGCCUCCGGAAGGACACGGGCCAGGUCUGGAAAUGGGCCAACGGGACCAAGUUUGACAAUCGGUUUGAAAUACAAGGCGAAGCCGACUGUGCGUACCUGGAUGAAGAACUCUCAGUCAUCAGCUCCAGCUGCAGCGCAUCAAGAAAAUGGAUCUGCAGUAAAUCUGAUACCCCUAUGAAGGAAGAGGAGCGUGUAGUGGGAGGGGACUCGUGA